AUGUUCAUGAAUCUGUUCAAGGCCAUGCCCACUCGGGCCCCGGCCUUCGCCACCAUGAAGCCCACUCAAGCUCGCUUCAUGGCCACUGUUCGUCAACGUGCCGCUCUCGAACCCGCCACCUUCACCAUCCGUGACGGUCCCAUGUUCACCGGCAAGUCCUUUGGCGCUCGGUCCAACAUCUCUGGCGAGGCUGUCUUCACCACUUCUCUGGUCGGAUACCCUGAGUCUCUGACCGACCCCUCCUACCGUGGCCAGAUUUUGGUCUUCACCCAGCCUCUGAUUGGCAACUACGGUGUGCCGUCGGCGGAGAAGGACAGCAACGGUCUUCUCAAGUACUUUGAGUCCCCCAACCUGCAGGCGGCCGGUGUUGUUGUUGCCGACGUUGCUGAGCAGUACAGCCACUGGACUGCUGUUGAGAGCCUGGGCGAGUGGUGUGCGCGGGAGGGUGUUCCAGCCAUCUCCGGUGUUGACACUCGUGCUAUCGUCACCUACCUCCGUGAGCAGGGCUCCUCCCUGGCCCGUAUCACCGUCGGUGAGGAGUACGAUGCCAACGAGGACGAGGCCUUCACCGAUCCGGAACAGAUUCACCUGGUGCGCCAGGUCAGCACCAAGCAGCCUUUCCACAUCAGCGCUGCGGACCCCCAGUCCCACGUUGCCGUGAUUGACUGCGGUGUGAAGGAGAACAUUCUGCGGAGCCUGGUUGGCCGUGGUGCUAGCGUCACGGUCUUCCCCUUUGAUUUCCCUAUCCACAAGGUGGCUCACCACUUCGACGGUGUCUUCAUUUCCAACGGCCCCGGUGACCCCACCCACUGCCAGGACACUGUCUUCCAUCUGCAGCGCCUGAUGGAAACUUCCCAGGUGCCUAUUUUCGGUAUCUGUCUUGGUCACCAGCUGCUGGCUCUGGCUGCCGGUGCCCGCACCGUCAAGCUUAAGUAUGGUAACCGGGCCCACAACAUCCCGGCUCUAGACCUGAGCACUGGUCGCUGCCACAUCACCAGCCAGAACCACGGUUAUGCUGUUGAUGCUUCGACCCUGCCCUCCGAGUGGAAGCCUUACUUCGUCAACCUCAACGACUCCAGCAAUGAGGGUAUGAUCCACAAGUCCCGUCCCAUCUUCAGCACCCAGUUCCACCCCGAGGCCAAGGGCGGUCCCCUUGACUCCUCUUACCUCUUCGAUAUCUACCUGGAGAGCGUUCAGAAGUACAAGAACAGCCAGGCCGGUCUCUACCCCCAGCGUGACAGCCGCCCCAGCCCCCUCCUCGUGGACCUGCUGGCCAAGGAGCGUGUGGGUGUUCAGCCUACUAUUGGCAUGCUGAACGUUGCCGCUGCCGCUGCCGCUGCUGCUUAA